CCAGCACUCAGGAGGCAGAGGCAGGAGGAUCUCUGUGAGUUCCAGGCCAGCCUGGGCUACAGAGCGAGUCCCAGGACAGCCACAGCUACACAGAGAAACCCUGAGAUCUGAGAUGAAGAGAGCGGAAGUGACAAGGCACUGCUCAAAAAAAUCCAAGAUCAAAGGAAGUUGACCGGAAAUUUUAUUUGCAUAAGAAUGUUGACCCUCGCUUAGCUCCUGUCCCUUGCAAAAAAAAAAACAAAACCGACUUGGGCUACAUUUCCCUUCACGCCUCUGACCGCAUGGCCCCAUAGAGUAUGGCCACCUUUAGCUUCCGGAGCACCGGAUCAAGGUGACGUCACCCUGACGGAGCCCUAGGAGAACCCAGAGAGCGCUUCUAGGCCCCGGGGCGGCGAAGGUUACGUCAUUUUCCCAGCAGCCCAACCUCGCCCGGCGCUGUCCUUAAGGCCGCGCCCGGCCCCCACUCGGCGCGCAGGCGCAGACCAGCCCUACGCAUUCUACGUAACGGACGGCUGAAGCUACGUGAAGUGUAGAGUGCCGUGACUGAGCUACCUGUUCUGGACCGUGUCCCAGUGACAUCGCGGUCCGCAAAAAUCUUUGCGACCUGAAGGCGGAGGCCACACACAGGCAGGCUGGGUGGAGGUGGUGGCCUCCGAAGUCCCGGGCCGGGGUGCAGCCUCAGGUGCAGUGUACUUUUUAAGACGCAAUGAAAGCCUUCUACACUUUCUGUGUGGUCCUUUUGGUGUUGGGGCGUGUCUCUGAAGCCAAGUUUGAUGAUUUCGAGGAUGAGGAAGACAUAGUAGAGUAUGAUGAUAAUGACUUCGCUGAGUUUGAGGAUGUCAUGGAAGAUUCUGUUACGGAAUCUCCUCAGCGAGUGAUAAGCACUGAAGAUGAUGAAGAUGAGACCACUGUGGAGUUGGAAGGGCAGGAUGAAAACCAAGAAGGAGAUUUUGAAGAUGCGGAUACCCAGGAGGGAGAUACUGAAAGUGAGCCAUAUGAUGAUGAAGAAUUUGAGGGUUAUGAAGACAAACCAGAUACCUCUUCUAGCAAAAACAAAGAC